AUGGUCUUCCAAGUCCUGCUGAACAGAACCACUGGUCAAAUGAGUUAUACCAAAACCCUCACUUUCCCUAGCAGGCAAUAUGCAGAUGAAUUCUACAACCGCUGUAUCACAAUUCCGAUCAGCAGGAACGAAUCCAAAGAUCCGCUCACCCAGAUCGCGAGAUACUCUCCUCAGUUCUGGUCUUUCAACUCCGACACUCCAUUUCACCAAAUCAUUAUGAAUGGCCAUUUGAAGGAUCUCAGGCCGACGGCCAUGCUCAUACGAAUUAGUGGCUACCAAAAGCCCGCUAUCUACAGUAGUGGUGUCAUGUCAAUCAAUGUGGGCGAUGCCACAGCAGACGUGGAGUAUCGAUCCGGGGGUGCAUACUAUAUCCGCACAAAGUCUACACCCCAUCAGUACUGGUUCUGGGAGCAGGGGUAUCAAUUCGUCCAGCUUGGUGAUGUCAGAAAGUCAAAGUUCCAUAUCACUCGACAUGGUUCUCCUACUCCUGCCUCCAAUACUGCAAUUCCUGCCUCCACUGAGAAGCCUGGUGAUUAG